CAUCAUCUACUCUCUUCCUCAAACUCUCCUUCACCCAUUAUCAAAAAAAAAAAAAAACUCUCCUUCACCCCUCCUCCUCUUCCUCUUCCUACUUCCACCAAUCCCUUCCCGCUUCAUCGCCGCCGGUCAUCGGGUUCUCUUCCUCGCAAUCCCAGCCAUUGCCUCGCCGCCAAAUCGGGACCGCCCCAGCCUCCUCCGGAAUCUGACCAGACUCAGCUCUCAGAAAGAUCAAGAAGAGGCCGUCACGAGAAGCCGUCGACAAGCCUUGAUGAUGUCUGCCGCUGCCUUGCAAAUCCAAACUCUGGAAGAUGAGGAUUCACAAUGGGGUGGUUCUUCAGAAGGUCGUACCUAUAAGGCCAGGGAUCGAGAGCUGAUGGAUCUUCGACUUAAAGCUCAAUACUUCACGGAUCCGUGCAGGUAUGAACCAAACAUAUUUCGUAGGCGAUAUAGAAUGCAACCUUGGGUCUUUGACAGGAUGAUGUGCGACGUGGCCAACUAUGACCCAUAUUUUGUUCAAACAAGAGAUGCUUGUGGGAGACUCAGCUUAUCCACUGAACAAAAGCUGACAUGCGCCAUGAGAAUGCUCGCGUAUGGCAUCACAGCUGAUUUCUGCGAUGAUUACCUAGAUAUUACGAAGACCACUGCCAUUGAGAUUUUUGAGCACUUCACAAAAGCAAUCUGGAAUGUGUACCAUGAGACUUACCUCCGUCGACCAACACCGGCAGAUUUGCGACGGCUGCUUGACAAAGCUGCAGAACGGGGAUUCCCGGGGAUGGUCGGUAGCAUUGAUUGUAUGCACUGGCAAUGGAAAAAUUGUCCCACCGGAUGGGCAGGGCAGUAUACUGGCUACAAGGGGAAAUCGACAAUCAUCUUAGAGGCAGUGGCCUCCUACGAUACUUGGAUUACACAAGUGGGCAGUAACAGUGCAAAGAAGAAAAGGGGAAGGCAUGUGGGGAGCUUGAACAAACUCCCUUACUUAUGGUAUUGCUGGCAAGAAGAGGGCUUUGAAGCUCGAAGGUGGAGUUGAGAAAAAGAAAAAACUUGUUGUUGGUUAAUUUUAUUUUCCUAGGUUAUUAAGCCAGUGUCAGUUAGGAGAACUUCUAUGAGUUUUUCUAAGAUGUUUUUACUUUUUAGUUUAAUUAUUUGUACCACAAUUGCGUGAUUGGUAGGUGACGGCUAAUUAAAUGAUUUCUUUUACUUAGAAUGCGAGGUUAUCGUAAGCGUCCCUUAGAACUUGGUUUGCAUAAGCAUACGUAGGUUAUUUCGGAUUUUAUUGCUGAAAUUCUUGUUUAAAUGUAUGUAAACUU